CUUUGUUUGAGAAUAGCAUGUCUCUGGCCAUUGACAAAAGCCAGGUGAAGGCCUGGCUUGACCACUCUUCCAAGAUGCUUGAACGGGCACGUGAGAUGUGCACUGAAGCACAAUCACUGCUCUUAUCUACUAGUUAUCAAAUAGAGACCUAUUUACCAGAAAGACUACGAUUCUGCAAAUUCAUGAAUGAUAAAUUGACGAACCAACAAAAAGUGUUAAGUAGAACGGUAGAGUCUAUUAGAAAAGAAACAGAGCUGGAGCUUACGAGAUUUUCGGACAAAAUUAAUGAAGUAUUAGUUCCAGCUUUAGAGCACCUAAAUAAUAUUGUAUUACAAUUACAAUACACCAAAAUACCCUCAUUUAUUGUUGAAGAAAGCUUUCAGCUGGAAGUACAGAACAAGAGCUCGAAGAGUUAUAUAUCUCUCGGUGAUUUUAUAUCGGUGGAUGCAUUGGCCUUGCUUAAGACUAAUAUUGAAAUCUAUAAAACCAAUUCACAAAAACUUCAUCAAAUGCUCAGAUCAAAUCUAAAUGACAUUUUGAUAAACCCAUUCCAAAGCACGAUAACAAAACAGUAUAGCAAGGUCAUUAAGCAGUACGAUGAAAAAUUACCCAUGCAAUUUGGCAUGAAAGUAACUUCUGCUGGUCCAGUGGUAGAAUCCAAUAAUACCAUCAAUACUCUUCUUAAAGAAAAUCAGUCCUUGGAACAAGAAUUGGCCGCAAUAUUGGCAAUGUUGACCAACCAUUACGAUCAAUGUGUUCGCGGACUAUCUCUUAUGGAAGGAAAUGCAAACUAUACUCCAGUCGAUCUUGAAGUAUUGCAAAAUGACGCCCUUGAAUUACCAGAAGUAAUGAAGGAACUCAAUACGGUGUAUAAUGUGAUCUUGAAAAACGAGUCGCGGGCAAAGCUGUACCUUGAGGCUGCAAUUCCCCAUGCGGAUAAUAUAAUUGAACUGUCUAAACAUUUAUUCGAAUCUUACAAAGAGUUUAGAAAUAAACAUAUUGCAAAAUUUUUAGUUUUGUCGAUGAAGGCGAAAGAAAGAUUUUCAGAUUGCUCAAUUGAAGGAGAGCCUGAAAAGGACCCGAUCGAUAUAUACUCAGAGACAAUAAACCAGUUGAGUUACCAUUAUGGUCAAUUCCUAGAAGUAUACAAGUCAAAUUAUCUUCAUGAGUUACACUACGAGAAAUAUGUUUAUCCCAGAAAGUUCAUCAAGAAACUAGCUGAUUUCUUAGAUGACGGUUUAUAUCAGUUCCAGGAAGAAGAAAGAGACAGAAGAAAGAAGUGGCUCACAAAGUAUGGUGACUUCAUUCCUAAAGAAUUUAAAUUGCCCGGGGAAUACAAUCAACCCAUGGUUGUGCAGGUCGUCACCGAUGGAUUAGAUGAUAUUGAGCAGAAAGAUGUCUCGCAAGAGGAUGACGAGGAAAUGAUGCUUUUGAAGUUAAUAAGCUCUAAUAAAUGAAUAUACUAGCUUUCUUCUCGUUUUGUAGUAGUAUAUAGUU